UAGUCUCACCAUUUUAUCCUCCUUCCUCUGGGGCUGUGCUGUAAUGAAGUGUUUUUUUUUUUUUUUUUGGCCUAUAUACGAGCAAAUAUGAGAGCGUGGGAUUGCAUCAAUCAAAACAGAAAAAGAAGAUCGACUGAGGGGAGUAUCAAAACAGCGCUACCAGUUUUGAUAAUAAGUUGUGGGAGAGGUGCCUUUAUUGUCGAGUAUUUUCAGAUAACAUCCGGGUUAAUUGUGAUUAUCUACCAUUUAGUCUUUUGAAACUUGAACAGUAGAGGGUAAGAUUUCCAUGAAAGCAAUACUCUAGUAGAUGGAAGAAGAUUAGAAACAUUUAUUAGCUUCUCAGUCUUCAACCAAAACUGAAAAAAGUGGCCGUCCUCGAACAAGAUAGACGAGAACCAGCGAAAGGAAGAAGAAUAAUAUGCCGCUGGGAAAGUAUUAUUGCGACUACUGUGGGAAGCAGUUCCAAGAUACCCCUUCUGCUCGAAAACGCCACCUGCAGGGCCUCCAACACCUCCGUGCCAAAGCUCAAUGGUUCCACUCCCUCAACGCCACCAAUGAUCCCAAUCACAGUUUUACUGAACCCUUUGCAAAAGGACUCUGCAAUCGCUUCCUCAAAACGGGAUUUUGCCAGUACGGCGAUAACUGCAAAUAUUUCCAUCCAAAGAAAGAUUCGCCAACCACAAACCCUCAAGCUGCACCCGAACCAGCACCAGAAUCUGACGAGAGCAACAGCCAUAAUUCUAGUUUCAAUGCUCCCAAGACCCUUCUCCUCUCAAGUGGUGUGGAGGGAGCCGGUAUGGGAAUGACGUGGGGCAAUCUGCCGCCAUCCUUGAAGCCUCCUCCUGAGGGUGGAUAUCCGCCACUUCCCUUUGUGGAUUGGGGAUAAGUCUUUUGUUCUAUUUAGGCACCAAUUUUGUUAAUUGCUACCGAUAUAGCUUCUGCUAUAUCUACUGUUACUUGUUCUACGGUGUCAAAGCUAUCCUCAUUAUGUUUGUGUUAGUACAUGUUAAAUAAAACAAUUACCUACUUUCUGUUUCCUUUGUUUUGUUCUCUUUUUGCACGUGAUUGAUUAAUUCAUUA